AUGGAGAAAUUUCUGAAAAGAAAAUUAAUGGUGGAAGGAACAUCUUCACUCGGAAAUAGAGCAAGUUAUGAUCUUUCAAAAAGACAACAUGUGGAAAUCAAUUUGGAUGGUCUACCUUCUGAUCCUGGGCUUAGGAAGAGAAUUUCCAUUUAUCAUCCUAAUGAUCGUGAUAGAAUUAGAAGACACUAUUUGCAACAAGGUCCAUGUCAACCGAAGGGACAUGAUUUUCCUCAGAAAAAAAUUGGCAACAUAUAUCGACGAUUUGUUCCAAAAUGGUUUGAGGAGCAUGGAAAUUGGCCUGAUAUUGGAGCACAAGCAGGUGGGGAUGUAUUUGUAUCAGAUGGUUAUACUAAUUGGAAGAAAAAAGAGAAGUUCAAAGAACAUGUUGGAGAGCAAUCAACACAAGCACGAAAUGAUUAUCGCACUCGCUUGACUGCUUUACUUGAUUGCAUCCGAUUUCUUUUAUCUCAAGGUCUUGCAUUCCGUGGCGACAAUGAAUCAGAAGAGUCUGAAAAUCAUGGAAACAUUCUUGAGCUUCUAUACUUUCUUGGUGAUCACAAUGAGUAUAUAAAGAAGGUUAUCUUGAGUAAUGCACCGGGAAACCAUAAAAUGAUAGCUCCUAGUAUCCAGAAAGAUCUUGUUCGUGCUUGUGCUAUGGAGACUACUAGUGAUAUUCUUCGUGAGGUAGGUGAUGAAUUCUUUGCGAUAUUGCUUGAUGAAUCUCGUGAUAUUUCAGUGAAGGAACAGAUGGAAGUUGCUCUUAGAUUUGUCAAUUCCCAAGGAUGCGUUGUUGAAAGAUUUCUUGGUAUUGUUCACGUAGGAGACACCACAGCUUCCUCAUUAAAAGUGGCUUUAGAAGGUUUGUUCUUGAAGCAUAAUUUGAGUUUGUCUAAACUCCAAUUAGCUCUCGUUGCCGUGGCUAAGAAAAAACCACAAGUUGCUGCUUUUUUUAACGUAGUGAAUAAUAUCACUACUUUUGUUGGAGCUUCGUGCAAACGCAGAGAUCUACUCAUGGAGAAACAACUUGACAAACUUCAAGAAGCACUUGAAAGUGGUGAACUCUUAGUUGGAAAGGGUUCCAAUCAAGAGAGAAGUCUUCAAAGAGCAGGUGAUACACGAUGGGGUUCUCAUUAUAGGUCAUUGACAAAUUUGUCGAUUAUGUUCUCUUCGGUUAUUGAGGUUCUCCAAAUUAUUCAAGAGGAUGGUGUUAAAGCUAGUCAGAGAGGUGAAGCAUUUUCCAUCUUAAGUGUUAUGCCUACUUAUGAAUUUGCAUUCAUUUUGCACUUGAUGAUGACUAUCUUGGGAAUCACUAAUCAGUUAUCUUUAGCAUUGCAAAGGAAAGAUCAAGAUAUUGUGAAUGCCAUGGAUAUAGUUAGGGUGGAAAAACAACAUUUACAAGAUAUGCGGGAAGAAGGAUGA